GUUCGAGUUUUGUUUUUUCUUCGUUUGCUUGUACCAGAGAACUUGAAGAAUCUCUUUUGGUGAUUGUAUUGGGUUUCUAUUGACGCUUUUGAAUUUUUGAAAAACUCGACGGGUUCCAUCAUUGGACACGAAAUCCUUUCUUCAUCCUUCAAUUUGUGUUCGUGUCUGCUGAUUGCGAUGUUAAAUACUCUUGUUUCAUUUAAGAUUGAUUAUAAUCCAUGUAAUUUGUACCGUUAAAUGUGGAUUCAUGUGACUCUAAAGCUUGUAUAGCUGAUAAUGUCUUGGAAGCUCACAAGUUACAUCUCCAAGUUAUCUUAUUUCCUUAAUCUGGAAAUUAUUCUUGCUAUAUCUAACAUUACAUGGAAGAGUUUUAUUCAUAUCUUCUUGUAGGUAGAUUUCCUUAAUGGUUCAUUUUUCCUUUUUUCAUUUUCUGUUAUUCUGCCUUCUGCAGUUUCUUAUUAGUUCUUGAUACACAGUUAGAAAUUGAAAUUGCCGACCUCUCUGUAAUUUGUGUUAAAUUUCGCUACUUGUUUGGUGAUACUCAUUGUCGAUGUUGAACGUUGGCAUAAUUCACGGCAUAUGUACUUGCAUUCGUGCUCAAACGCUUAAUUUUUCCAAAUGAUAGUUUCAAAAAGCAUGGCAACUCCAGUGGAACCUCCGAACGGUAUCGGUUCCCAAGGAAAGCAUUACUAUUCCAUGUGGCAGACUCUUUUCGAGAUCGACACUAAAUACAUGCCAAUAAAGCCCAUCGGCCGUGGGGCCUACGGCAUAGUGUGCUCGUCGGUCAACAGGGAGACCAAUGAGAAGGUCGCAAUCAAGAAAAUACACAAUGCCUUUGAAAAUAGAAUUGAUGCUCUGAGAACUCUACGCGAGUUGAAGCUUCUGAGGCACCUUAGGCACGAGAACGUGAUAGCUCUCAAAGACGUGAUGCUGCCGAAUCACAAAGGGAGUUUCAAGGACGUGUACUUGGUUUACGAGUUAAUGGAUACUGACUUGCACCAGAUCAUUAAGUCUUCUCAGUCACUCACGAAUGAUCAUUGCCAGUAUUUCCUGUUCCAGUUACUGAGAGGCCUCAAGUACCUCCACUCGGCAAACAUCCUCCACCGAGACCUCAAACCCGGCAAUCUCCUCAUCAACGCUAACUGUGACCUCAAAAUAUGCGAUUUCGGGCUGGCCCGAACCAACAGUGGCAAAGGCCAAUUCAUGACAGAAUAUGUCGUCACUCGAUGGUAUCGGGCCCCUGAACUCCUCUUAUGCUGCGACAACUACGGCACCUCCAUAGACGUCUGGUCAGUGGGCUGCAUCUUUGCCGAGCUCUUGGGCCGCAAGCCCAUUUUCCCUGGCACAGAAUGCCUCAACCAGCUCAAAUUAAUAAUCAACAUCCUCGGAAGCCAACGAGAGGAUGAUUUGCUGUUUAUCGAUAACCCAAAGGCCAGAAAAUACAUAAAGACUCUGCCUUAUUCGCUUGGAGCCCCAUUUGCUCGACUUUACCCUCACGCGCAUCCUCUGGCGAUUGAUUUGUUGCAGAAAAUGCUCGUUUUUGAUCCUUCGAAGAGAAUUAGCGUGACUGAGGCAUUACAGCAUCCGUACAUGUCGCCUUUGUAUGAUCCGAGGUGUGAUCCGCCGGCCCAAGUGCCGAUUAAUCUUGAUAUUGAUGAGGAUUUGGGUGAGGAGAUGAUUCGGGAGAUGAUGUGGCAGGAGAUUAUGCAUUACCAUCCGGAAGUUGGGGCCGGGAAUAUGGAGUUCGCCGUGUAGGCUUUAAGGCUCGGGACCUGGUUAAAUGGUUUUUU